AGUGCAGCAGGGCAGGGCAGAGCGUGGGGCAGGGUCAGUCCGAACAGCGCCGGCUCCAUCCCCGCGCCUCGCUCGGGGCGGUCGCCGACCGCUCUCACCUCUUUCCCUCACGAGGAUGAGCGAGCCCUGUUCUCUGUCCGGGGACCUGCUGAGCUGAAACGAGCCUGGCUCGCUGAGUUUUGACAGAGGAGCAGCUCCAAACGCCCAGCCCUGCGAGCUCCCCGUGCCCGGCAGGAGCGCAGCGCCCGGCGGAGCGGGCACUCGGGCGGUGCCACAGCCCUGCCGUGCCAGGGGCUCUCUGAGGGCACCUCCGGCAGCAUCGCCCCUCGGUGUUACCCUCGGGACCGGGAAAGCGUUUGUUCUUAGGUCUCCCUUAAUGUGGUGCAAGUCACGUCAGAAAGAUGAGGAAGAUAAUUGUGUCCAGCCAGUCCGUCAGGACUGUGAGCAUUGCACAGCGGUUUGGGACCCAGGACAGAGCAGGAUGUCUAGUGCGCCUCAGUCAACAUUUGUUAUUAUCUCUUGGAAUCCACUUUUCUCCUUUAGACUCGUGCUCUAGUUUCUUUUAGCAGUUGUCAUCCAUCGCUGGGAGAAGCGCAGGAGGAAAAGAACUGUACUCUUGGAAGAUGAAGUUUGUUUGGGGGAUUCAUCCUAAUGCUCUGGCAUAUUCCAUGACUACGUUAGGGGCUGGAAUGAUGAACAGUAUCUUUAAUUUCUACUACGUUAAGCUUUUCCUAAACCGAUACAAAAUUUCAGAAGGAGCCUUUAAUCAAGCACAGGCCGUGUUUAUGAUCUGGAACGCCAUCAACGAUCCUCUCUUUGGGUAUAUCCAAGACAACUCCAAACUCCGGUGCUGCGCCAGACGCCAGUUCUCGAUUCUGUACGGAGCUCCUUUGUACGGGCUGGCCUUCCUGCUGCCCUGGUUUCCCUGGAAGCAGUACGAGGACGGGGACUGGCUGUGUGGUUUCCACCUCGUCGUUGCCUUGUGUGCCUUUGACGGUUUGCUCACGUUCGUGCUCCUGGCGCAGUGUGCGCUCUUUGCCGAGACCUCCACCAGGCACGAGAGCAGGCUCCAGCUCAUCAAGUACAACCAAGUAGCAACACUAAUUGGAGCCACAAGCAUCCUCUUUUGUGGGCUCAUAUCAGAUAACAUGGAAAACUUUGCCUAUUUCCAGGCUUUCACUGUUUUGAUCGCAGCACUAGCAACAGCUUGUAUGUGUUGCACAGGUAAAUACAGUACCAGCCAGUAUGAGCAGAGAGAAAUUCACGUGGAGAGUGCUAACCUGGAAAACAGUGAGGGAGCUUUCUCCUUGGCCUCAGUGGUUUCAUUGACCAAACAGAUUAUGACGGAGAAGAACUUUUUAUUUUUUGUCACAAUGAACUUCUUCCAAGUCUUCCACCUGGCCUUCUACAACAAUUUCAUGAUAAUCUUUGCAGAUAAUCUUAUUCCUACGGAUGUCCUUUCUUCCUCAGUCAGAAGUAUCAUGUAUGGAGCAGGUUUUAUUUGUCCUCAGUGCCUUGUUCUUCUCAGUCAUGCUUCAUUGAAGAAGUUUGGUUAUUACAGAGUCAUCUUGUUUUCCUUUUACUAUGAAGGAGUAGCUGCUGCUGUCAUGUUUUUUCUAGGGCAAGAACACUAUUACCUGUUGGCAUUUUAUCUCACAACAAACAUGGUAAUUGUACAAGCCUCCUUUAGUUUGUUCAAUUUGCCUUUGGCAGAUAUUGUUGAUGCAGAUUUAGUAAAGCACAAGCGCAGAUCACCACUUUCCUCUAUGGUUUUUGGUACCAAUGCUUUAUUUACCAAGCCUGCCCAAUCUUUGGCUCCAAUGCUUGUGGUUAAAGUACUAAAUCAGUUUGGAUAUAGGAACCUGAAUAAUGUUGAUCAUCCUGAUGCAAGGACGUUUUUAGAUCUCCAUGAUGCCAUGUUCAACCUGAUCUGCCUGGUUCCACUUUGCAUUGCAGUCAUGCAGGUCCUGACAUGGACUCCCUUUUCCAUCCAGAACAGCCACGUGACAGCUGUACACUAA